CUACCCUCGGGCGGCCUGGCGCCGCGGUGCCCCGGCGGGGCUGCGACUGGCCGACUCCUGCGGGCGGGGUGACAAGUGAGCGCUGGCGAUCACGUGAUCGGUGCCAACAUGGCGGCGCCCAGCGGCGUCCACCUGCUCGUCCGCAGAGGUUAUCAUAAAAUUUUCUCUUCACCACUCCGUCAUCUCUACUUAGACAAGCAGUCAAGCAGUCAACAAAGAAGAAAUUUCUUUUUCCGGAGACAAAGAGAUAUUUCACACAGUGUAGUUUUGCCGGCUUCAGUCGCUUCAGCUUAUCCAGUCCCCCAGCACAUAAAGAAGCCAGACUAUGUGACGACAGGCAUUGUACCCGACUGGGGAGACAGCAUAGAAGUUAAGAAUGAAGAUCAGAUUCAAGGGCUUCAUCAGGCCUGUCAGCUGGCCCGUCAAGUCCUCCUCCUGGCUGGGAAGAGUCUGAAGGUUGACAUGACAACUGAAGAGAUAGAUGCUCUUGUUCAUCAGGAAAUCAUCAGCCACAAUGCCUAUCCCUCACCUCUAGGCUAUAGAGGCUUUCCAAAAUCUGUUUGUACCUCUGUAAACAACGUGCUAUGUCAUGGCAUUCCUGACAGUCGACCUCUUCAGGAUGGCGAUAUUAUCAACAUUGAUGUCACGGUCUAUUACAACGGCUACCAUGGAGACACCUCAGAAACAUUUUUGGUGGGCAAUGUGGAUGAAUGUGGUAAGAAGUUAGUAGAGGUUGCCAAGAGGUGUAGAGAUGAGGCAGUUGCAGCUUGCAGAGCAGGGGCUCCUUUCUCUGUAAUUGGAAACACAAUCAGUCAUAUAGCUCAUCAGAAUGGAUUCCAAGUCUGUCCACAUUUUGUAGGACAUGGGAUAGGAUCCUAUUUCCAUGGACAUCCAGAAAUUUGGCAUCAUGCAAAUGACAGUGAUCUACUCAUGGAAGAGGGCAUGGCGUUCACCAUAGAGCCAAUCAUAACCGAGGGAUCCCCUGAAUUUAAAGUCCUGGAGGAUGCAUGGACUGUCAUUUCCCUGGACAAUCAAAGGUCCGCCCAGUUCGAGCACACAGUUCUCAUCACGUCGGGGGGCGCGCAGAUCCUAACCAAACUGCCCCAGGAGGACUGAUGAGCGUCCCGAAGGUCGCAGAGACUGGGCACCUUUCUUCUAAAAUUGCUGGGAUCCAGCUGAAGAACUUUUAGAAGAAAUAAGCAAAAGGCCCCGCGUGCUGGAAGCUACCCAGCACCUAGGGGCGGUUUGGAGAAACGCGGUGGGAAUUGGGGGCAGAUGGGAAUUUAGACCUCAAGCCCUGUGCCUGCCCAGGAACUUGGGAGGGACUGAGCCUGGCGCCUGCCUGGGUCUCUCAGCUCUGAAAACGCAUCUGGAAAAGAAUGGUGUCGCCCUCCUUUGGAAGAGGAGGGACUCAUAAACGGAGCACGGGUUUCUCUUGCUUCUGUCUAAACUCUCCUGGAAUAAAAAGCUUUCACCUCUUAAAACUUAAUGUAUCAGCGCUCCUUGUGCCUGUGACAGCUACUGGAGGGAGACUGUGCAUGAUUAAUUUUUGAGUUUCUGAACUUUUCAUGCACUCGGCAAGGAAAAGCCCAAAUCCAGCUGUCAGCCAGCAAUUUUUUAAAUUUCCCCACCCCGCUGUGGACCCCACACUGGCCAGCCCCAGGGCACAAGCAGAGGUCAUUUGUCCACAUACCAGGAUCCCUUCCUGUUCUUCCCCUGAUGAGAUGUUUUAAAAUUAGCUGAGGGGCUAGGUUACAAACAUUUCCCUACCUGUAGACCCUGGCCCUGGCCCUUCUACAGGGCCUUAUCAACCAAAAUAGACAAAUAAAUAACUUCUGUUUCUCCA